AUAAAUGAACACGGGGGGUUUCAAGCAUCGGUAUGCCUGCCUACCUCAAUUCCAGUCCAGACAUAGUAGCUGUUCCUCCGGAUAGAAAAAACAGCUUAGGUGUGUUUGUAUGUCUGUGUGUGUGUGUGUGUGUGUUUGCGCGUGCGUAUUUUAAACAUCAGUCACCCGGCACACCGCUUUCAUCCUCUCUGAACGAGAGUCUGCUGUGAUCUUACUGCUAAAGGACCAGAAAGAAACUGAGACAAGAGCAAGCGGACAUGGAAGAGUGGUGAAAAGAGGGUAAAGGAGAAAGAGAAGCAGGAGAACAGCAUAAAAAGGAGAUAUUAUGCCUUAUGUCUCCUUCCCUCAUUUCAUUUACGCUGCACAUAUUGUCUGUACCCUGGAAGCUGUGACUGUGGACUAAACACAGAUAAGAGACCUUCAAUCUGUGCUUUCUGCAGCUGGAGCAGAUGUUGAAGACAUCUUUGACUUUAUAGGGAGCGGAGGCAUUUCAAACAUAGAUUGGACUGGAAUUCCUUUAAAAAAGUCAUUUUUUAAACCCUUUUUGUGCCUUCAGCUGGGAAGUUUGCUUUACCGGGAAAGAAUAAGGAAUACACACGUUUAAUCUGUUUUACCCCUUGUGGUUUUGUAUCUCUGUGUAAAACCACAACAGCCUGCACCGAGGACAAACCCAGGGGGCUUGCUCACCUUUCUUUGUCCUUCCGUCUCUCCUGCAUUUGAAAUGGCAGAUGGCAGCAGUCUCAUCAUUAAACCGCAGCAUGGAGCUUUUUGUUUGGACUGAAACCAUACAGCUACUUUCAGAACCAGUCAGCUACCUGUCAUAAUAGUGGGUUCUUUGGUUCAUCAUACCCUUGAAGGGCCCCUCAGACAGCGUAUUCCUGCCCAAGAUGAUGAAUUACUCCCUGGAUCCACCGAACCAGAGCUAUGCUGACCCGUCAAACUUAUCUGCUCCCUUCUGCCUGCUUGAGAUAGGCUAUUCCCAUAUUUUCACCACCUGCCUCCUUGAAGUCUCUAUCAUAUGUCUCCUCACCGUUCUCAUUAUUUCUGGUAACCUUGUGGUGAUUUUUGUGUUUCACUGUGCCCCCUUGCUUAGCCAGCACACCACCAGUGCUUUCAUCCAGACUAUGGCAUACGCUGAUCUGCUGGUGGGGGUCAGCUGCCUGUUUCCAUCCCUGUCCCUCCUCCAUCACCUCCAGGGCCUCGACCCCAAACUCACCUGCCAGGUGUUCGCCUACAUGGUGUCUGUUUUGAAAUCAGUUUCAAUGGUGUCGCUAGCGUGUGUGAGUGUAGACCGCUACAUUGCCAUCACACGACCUCUGACUUAUGCGUCCCUGGUGACACCGUGUCGAGUGCGAUGCUGCAUCGUUCUAAUAUGGUUGUACUCCGCUCUGGUGUUUCUCCCAUCUUUUCUCGGGUGGGGGAAGCCCGGUUACCACGGGGAUGUUGUGGAGUGGUGCGCAGUUGAGUGGAGGACUCGUCCGGCUUUCACAACCUUUAUCGUUGCACUGCUCUACGCCCCAGCUGCCCUCACUGUUUGCUUCACCUACGCCAACAUCUUCAAGAUCUGCCGACAGCACACCCGGGAAAUCAGCGAGCGCCACGCACGUUACCGACCCCAACAGCUGCAGGGCCCGGGAUUGAUGGGAUUGACAGGAAUAGGAUCUGCGGUCAAGGACAACAGCGCAGUAGAGCAAGGGCACUUGCCCCACUUGUCCCAACCACACAAAUCCCAACCACAGUAUCAGCAGCCCACAUCAACAUACCCAGACAAGCGAUACGCUAUGGUACUGUUCCGCAUUACGAGCGUGUUUUAUAUCCUCUGGUUGCCCUACAUCCUCUACUUUCUGUUGGAGAGUGGUGGGAUCUACCACCAUCCUGCAGCCUCAUUUCUAACCACAUGGCUUGCCAUCAGCAACAGCUUCUGUAACUGUCUCAUCUACAGCCUCUCCAACUCUGCCUUCAGGAAGGGCCUCAAACGCCUCUGCUCCUUCUGUUUACAGCGCAGUGGCGGAGGCUUUGGGGUUAGGAACACUAAAAACGCUUUUGUUGGCUCUGUUGAAAAAGGAUGCGGAGGUCAGGGAUACGGUCAUGGGGAAAUAGGUUUAGGCACAACUUGUCAUGUGUAGAGCACACACAGAGAAAACCCUUGUGUCAAAUCGGCAUUUGAACUUUUGAAAGAUGCCCAAUGUGAUUGCUGUAAAGGUCUCUUCUUUUAAGCUUAAAUGUGCUGUAAAGAGAUGGAAGGAGUCGUUGCUCUGCCACUGUUGGUUCUGUCGUAUUUGGAGGUUACACAGCUAUCCUCUCUGCACACGCCACAGCUGGCAAACACAGAGAAAGAGAGUCAAGAGCAAAGCACUGAAGGAUAAAAUGACUAAAUAGCCCUGCAAGGUGUUUUAAAAUGGUCGAGGAAACCCUGCAAACGGCACUGUGUAUGGACAGGGGCUAUAGAUGGAAUGGGUUGGAAAGGAGGAGAAAAAUGUGUCAGAAGAUCUCUGGAGAAAUGAACUCUUUUGAGGUUGCUUUAUGUUUUUCUUUAAUAGGAAGUGAAUCCUUAACUUAUUUUGCCAAAACAACAAAACGUUACAAGAAAAGAGAAAAGCUCUAUGUGUGUUAAUAGCACAGUAUAGGUUGAAUGCAAACACAACAACAGCUGUGACUGCUGUGUAAUGUGGUGCUGACGUGAACUGCCAAUAGCAAGCCCUUAAAAUAUUUUUUUACUUUCUCUUACCCCCUCAGUAUCUGAAUACUAAAAGUGAUGCAACAGUGUGGUUUGUGUGUUUGUUGUGUCUCUUGUUGACUUAUUAAUUAGACUUAGUCAGUUGAAAAGAAAUGGUAAGGAAUGAUGUAAUCUUUUUCUAGUUUGUUUGCAUUGACUAAAGUGAUUAUGGUUUGUGAGCAUCAAGACAUCUAUUCAUCUACUACAUUUCAGAUUGUUAUAUAAUAUAAUUUUGUGAUUUAUGUUUUAAGUUGCGGGUUCACACUGAGCCCGCUGUUUGUAAUAUGUGAUGAGAUGCUACUCGGCUUGGGUGUACGACUGUUAACGAAAUGCAAAAAAGUAAUUUUUCAGUGACUCUAUCGUUCAAUUAUUUUUUUUUAAAUCUUUGUCAGUUUCAUUGCAUCUUUAAUGCUUUGAAUAUGUAACUAAACAUCCAUCCUAAACUGUGUCCAAGGCAAAGAAAGACCAAGAAAGGAUAUAUGUUUAUGCUUGUUGAUUGUUUGUGCAUCAUUGAGCUGAUUAUUUUUUUAAGGCUAAAAACUUUAAGCUCUUAGAUAAAUAACUCUUGAACUGUGAGCCUGACCCCUCGUCUUUGGGAUUUGUUGAUAGAAAUAGUUUAAUGAGAAGUCUUAAAUAUUUGAUUAUGGAAAUUUCACAUUUACAUAUGCUUGUAAAUAAUUACCUCGUUAAACCUAGGAGUACCUUAUUCCUUAUUUAUUCGUUAUUCUUUCUUUAAAAAAAAAAAAAGACAAAACAAA